UUUCCCUGCCUGAAUCCUCAUAAUCUUUGGAAUAUUUUCCCGAUUUUUUCCACUUUUCCCAGGAAUUCCUUACCCGAGACCACACCUUGUGCUUCCCAAAUCCCAAAAUCUCUGGAAUUUCUUCCAUUUUUUCCAACUUUUUCCCACUUUUCCCAGGAAUUCCCAGCCUGAACUCCCAAAAUCCCUGGAAACUUUUCCUUAUUUUCCCCUUUUCCCGGUUUUCCAAGGAAUUCUCUCUCUGACACCCCCCUUGUCCUUCCCAAAUCCCCAAAUCUUUGGAAUCUUUUCCCUCUUUUCCCUCCUUUCCUGAUUUUCCCCUUUUCCCAGGAAUUUCUUGCCUGAAUCCCCAAAAUCUCUGGAUUUUUUCCCCCUAUUUUCCCAUUUGUCUCAGUUUUCCCAGGAAUUCUCUGCCUGAUCCCCCAGAAUCUCUGGAAUAUUUUCCCUCUUUUCCCGAUUUUCUCCCUUUUCCCAGCACUCCAAGGUGAGCAACCCCAAAUCCUUGGAAUUUUUGGGGAUUUGAACCCCCAGAAGCCGGGAAUUCCCUGCUGAACCCCCAAAAAAAUCUGGAAUAUUUUCCCGAUUUUCCCACUUUUCCCAGGUAUUCCUUACCCGAGACCACCCCCUGUGCUUCCCAAAUCCCAAAAUCUCGGGAAUUUUAUCCUUCUUUCCCCCUUUCCCCCUUUUCCAAUCCCAAAUCCUUGGAAUUCCCGGCUCCCGCUUUUCCAGCCGCCCCCUCCUCCCUCUGGAAUUGCGCAAUUCCCACGGGAAAGGCUCUUCCCACCUUUCCUCCCAUUCUCCGGGAAUUCCUCAGCCGGGAGCGAGCUCGGAUCCAUCGGGAUCAUCCCCAAAUUCCUGCCGGGAAUUCCCACAGCGUCUCCAGGAUGGUGCAGGGACAAGCAGGAGUGAAAUUCCGGAACUGGGCCGGCACCUACGGAUCCUCCCCGGAGCUUUUCUUCCGGCCCCGCUCCGUGGAGGAAAUCCGGGAGAUCCUGGAGCUGGCCCGGCAGCGGGGGAAGCGGGUGAAGGUGGUGGGGGGGGGUCACUCCCCCUCGGACAUCGCCUGCUCCGAGGGAUUCAUGAUCCACAUGGGAAAAAUCAACCGGAUCCUGCAGGUGGACAAGGAGAAGCUGCAGGUGAAGGUGGAAGCGGGAAUUCUGCUCUCGGAGCUGAACCUGGAGCUGGAGAAACACGGGAUGGCCCUGGCCAAUUUAGGAGCCGUGUCCGAGGUGACGGCGGCCGGAGUCAUCGGCACCGGGACCCACAACACCGGGAUCAGCCACGGAAUUCUGCCCACCCAGGUCGUGGCCGUUUCCCUGCUCCUGGCCUCGGGAGAAAUCCUGGAAUGUUCGGAAUCCGUCAAUCCCGAGGUUUUCCAGGCGGCCCGGCUCCAUUUGGGGUGUUUGGGAAUCGUCGUGUCCGUCACGUUCCAGUGCGUCCCGGAAUUCCGGCUGCGCGAGGUCGCCUUUCCUUCCACCCUCUCCCAGGUCCUGGAUGAGCUGGAGGAGCACCUGAGGAAAUCCCAAUAUUUCCGCUUCCUGUGGUUCCCGCACUCCGAGAACGUCCGGAUCAUCUACCAGGAUCCCACUUCCAAGCCUCCCUGCUCCUCCUCCAGCUGGUUUUGGGAUUACGCCGUUGGAUAUUAUCUCCUGGAAUUCCUCCUCUGGAUCAGCUCCUUCAUUCCCGGCCUGGUGGUUUGGAUCAACCGCGUCUUCUUCCGGCUCCUCUUCAAUUCCCGCCUGGAAAACGUCGCCCAGAGCCACCGGAUCUUCUCCUACGAGUGUCGCUUCCGGCAGCACGUCCAGGACUGGGCCAUUCCCAUUGAGAAAACCAAGGAGGCGCUGCUGGAGCUGAAGGCGGCGCUGGAGCGGAAUCCCAGGAUCGUGGCGCACUUCCCGGUGGAAAUCCGCUUUUCCCGGCGGGAUGAGAUCCUGCUGAGCCCCUGCUUCCGGCGGGACAGCUGCUACAUCAACAUCAUCAUGUACAGGCCCUACGGGAAGGACGUUCCCCGGCUCCGGUACUGGAUCGCCUACGAGGAGAUCAUGAGGAAACACGGCGGGAGACCCCACUGGGCCAAGGCUCACAGCUGCACCCGGAAGGAUUUGGAGAAGAUGUUCCCGGCAUUCCCGAAAUUCUGCGCCAUCCGGGAGAAGCUGGAUCCCACCGGGAUCUUCCUCAACGCCUACCUGGAAAAAGUCUUUUACUGAAAACUGGGAAAAAUCCUUGGAAAAAUCCCGGAAUUCCGAGUUGCUGCAUCCUCACGUCCUGCCAGGGACAGGGAUUUGCUCCGAUCCAGCUCCGAAAUUUUUUCCUGGAAAGCUGCGGAAUCUCGUCCCUGGAAUUCCCGGAAUUCUGUGGAAUUCUGGUGAUUUUUUUUUUCCCCCCUCAAUAAAAUUCCUGCAGCAGAAG